UCAUAUUUUAUCUCUGUGACCCAUAUAAUCAUGUUUACUUGCAGAUAGAAAUUCUAGCGUUUCUAUCUCUACAAGCAGUUAACUCAAACCUUUGUUAGAUGCUCAGUCGUAUUGAAGCCUGAAGAACGGAGCACGUUAAACAAUCAUGCAUCUCUACAAUCUUACCCUGCAAGGACAAACAGCCAUCAAUCAAGCCGUUCAUGGAAACUUUUCUGGAACACCAAAAGCUCAGGAAAUCUGCGUAGGACGUGGUUCUACCCUGCAGCUGCUCUUUUGUGAUCCAACCACUGGAAAAAUUAAGGUCUUAUGUAGUCAUGAAGUGUUCGGAAUCAUAAGAUCGCUGAUGCCGUUUAGGCUUACGGGUGGAACGAAAGACUACAUCGCUGUUGGUUCCGAUUCCGGCCGAAUAGUUAUUUUGGAAUACUCGAGCGAGAAGAAUUCCUUUCAACGUGUGCACCAGGAAACGUUCGGCAAAACAGGAUGUCGUCGAAUAGUCCCGGGUCAUUACCUGGCAGCGGAUCCGAAGGGAAGAGCUAUCAUGAUAGGCGCUGUCGAGCGGCAAAAACUAGUUUACAUCAUGAAUCGUGAUGCGGAAGCUCGACUUACAAUAUCGUCUCCCCUGGAAGCUCAUAAGCAGUACACUUUGUGCUAUGGUAUGGUCGGAAUCGAUGUCGGAUUCGAAAAUCCAACCUUUGCAUGCCUCGAAUUUGAUUACGAGGAUGCUGAACAUGAUCCUACCGGUGAAGCGCUGCAGACGACGAAGCAAACUUUGACUUUUUAUGAGCUUGACUUGGGUCUUAACCAUGUAGUAAGGAAGUAUGCUGAACCGCUGGACGACAAGGCAACAAUGAUUAUAGCGGUACCCGGAGGGAACGAGGGGCCAUCUGGUGUGAUUCUAUGCUGCGAAAAUUAUCUGGUUUAUAAGAAUUUGGGAGAACAGCCUGAUAUCAGGUGCCCAAUCCCAAGAAGAAGGAAUGAUCUCGAUGAUCCCGAUCGUUCGCUCAUGAUCAUUUGUGCAGCUACCCACAAAACCAAGCUCAUGUACUUCUUCUUACUGCAGACCGAGCAGGGAGAUUUGUUCAAGGUAACAUUGGAGACUGAUGAGGACUUGGUGACUGAGAUGAAGGUGAAGUACUUUGAUACUGUACCUGCUGCGAACGCCAUGUGCAUUUUGAAGACUGGCUUCUUGUUUGUAGCGAGUGAAUUCGGCGAUCACCACUUGUAUCAAAUUGCAAACCUGGGAGACGAUCCAGAAGAACCAGAAUUUUCCUCAAAAAUGCACCUUGACGAAGGUGAAACAUUCUUUUAUGGUAUUCGCGAGCUGAAGAGUUUGGUUCCAAUCGAUCGUAUCGAAAGUUUAUGCCCAUUGACAGACUCAUACAUUGGUGACUUGGCUCGCGAGGAUGCUCCACAGAUAUAUGCCCUCGUGGGUCGAGGAGCUCGUUCGACCCUUCGUGUUUUGAGGAAUGGGUUGGAGGUAUCGGAAAUGGCCGUAUCAGAGCUUCCUGGUAAUCCCAAUGCCGUAUGGACUGUGAAGAAAAACAUCGAUGAUAAGCACGACGCCUACAUUGUUGUAUCUUUCGUGAACGCUACCUUGGUGUUGGCUAUUGGAGAGACUGUAGAAGAAGCAAACGAUUCCGGUUUCAUGGCUACAACCCCUACUCUUGGUUGUGGGCUCAUUGGUGACGAUGCCUUACUUCAGAUCUAUCCGGAAGGUAUCCGGCAUAUCCGCUCUGAUCGCCGUGUAAAUGAAUGGAAGACUCCAGGAAAGCGUCAGAUUGUCAAAUGUGCCAUGAAUCGAAGACAAGUCGCGGUUGCCUUGGCUGGUGGUGAGCUUGUCUAUUUCGAACUUGAUCCGACUGGGCAACUGAAUGAGUUCACCGAGCGCACAUCAUGGCCGCAUGAAGUACUAUGCAUGAGCUUGAGCGAAAUACCCGAAGGGGAGCUUCGUUCGCGUUUUCUCACGGUGGGAAUCGCAGAUAGCACAGUUCGCGUGAUUUCAUUGGAUCCCACUGACACUCUAAGCCCUUUGAGUAUGCAAGCUCUUCCAUCGCAGCCGGAGUCAUUGUUAUUGUUGGAGACCACAAGCGAAGAUGGUAAAGGAUCCUCGACUAUCCAUCUCAACAUCGGACUUCAGAAUGGUUGUUUACUGCGUACCACCGUUGACAACGUUACUGGAGAUAUGAUGGACACUCGAACUAGAUAUCUGGGUACUAGACCUGUCAGAGUGUUCCGUGUUCGAAGCCAGAACAAAGACGCUGUUCUUUGCACCUCAUCGCGUUCAUGGCUGCUAUACCACUACCAAAACCGUUUCCAUCUGACUCCAUUGAGUUAUGUAACGCUGGAGUCUGCGUCGAGUUUCAGCUCAGAACAAUGUCUCGAAGGCAUUGUGGCGAUUGCAGAAAAUACUUUGAGGAUCAUGGCGGUUGAAAAGCUUGGCGCUUCUUUCAAUCACAUUAGCUAUCCAUUGAAGUUCACUCCUCGACGGAUGAUUGUGCAUCCAUUGGCAACAUGCCUUAUGAUGAUCGAAACUGAUCAUGCAGCUUAUACGACUGUGACUUUGGACAAGAAAAGAAAUGAUAUGGCUGACGAUAUUGUGCGACUGGCUACUGAUAUGGAAGAGGUGGAAUUGGCAAAAGAGAUUGCUGAUACGCUACGAAAUAACAAGCCGGAUGAAACUGUCUAUGGAGCCGCAAAGGCUGCACCUGGAAAGUGGGCUUCUGUCGUCCGUCUGCUGAACAUCAAGACUGGAGAAAAUGUUUCAACUUUUGAAUUGCCACAAGAUGAAGCUGCAAAAUGUAUCGCACUUGUACAGUUUGCUACUCAUGGAGACACCUACAUGGUGCUUGUUGGUUGUACUAUCAGUCAAAAACUGCCUGAGGUGGCUAAAAGCCUUCGUGGUUGCAUCUACACGUUCCUUUUAGCUCCUGGCGGUGACCGCUUUGAUCUCAUCCACCGAACAGACACACCAUAUCCAGUGAAUGCGAUACAUGAUUUUCGCGGCUCCGCUCUGAUUGGAAUGUCUAAUCGUUUGAGGCUAUACGAGUUUGGAAAGAAAAAAUUGCUGGCUAAAUGUGAAAAUAGGAAUUUCCCCGUACAAAUCACUGGAAUUCAAUCAACUGGACAACGCAUAAUUGUGACGGAUUCACAAGAAUCUGUGCACUUUGUUCGAUAUAGAAAAUCGGAGAAUCAAUUAGUUAUUUUCUGCGACGAUACGACUCCACGCUAUGUGACCACUUGUUGCGUUUUGGAUUACAAUACGGUGGCUGUUGGGGACAAAUUUGGGUCGAUCUCUAUCCUGAGACUACCGGAAAAUGUAAACGAAGACAUCCAAGAGGAUCCGACGGCCUUACGCUCGCUAUGGGAUCGUGGAUUAUUAAAUGGAGCUUCGCAAAAGGUCGAUCAAAUAGCUGUGUUCUAUACUGGAGAUCUGGUGACAUCGUUGCAAAAGACAUCAUUAGUGCCAGGAGCCAAUGAGUGUUUGAUUUAUACUACAAUUGGAGGAGCGAUCGGAGUUUUGGUACCGUUCAUAUCAAAAGACGAAUAUGACUUCUUCCAAAAUCUUGAAAUGCAUGUUCGAGCCAAUUUCCCACCUUUGUGCGGUCGAGACCACUUGGCAUUUAGGUCGUACUACCAUCCUUGCAAGAACGUAAUUGACGGUGAUCUUUGUGAGCAAUUUGGUUUGAUGGAUGCACCUGCACAGCGCGAAGUAAUUGAGGGAUUGGAUAGGACGACAAGCGAGAUCUCGAAGAAGCUGGAAGACAUACGCACAAGGUAUGCGUUCUAAGUGAUGAAAGCUGAAAGCUGGUGAAGUUCAUGGUCUCUCUCUAGCGGGCACAAACAGAAUUUGUUCGCAGCUGUUGCUAAUCAGUCGUUGUAUCAUAUUUGAGAUUGUCACACGAACCGUAGGUUGUUUGUGCGUCACACACGCGAUUUUUCUGCAAUUCAUCCAUGUUUUGUUGAUUGUUAGUGGUUGUUUCGGGGUGUAGAGAGACGCGUGUAGAAGCGCCGGAUAAUUGAUGUGCUGUCGUAUUUUCUCCGUAAUAAAUUAUGAAGUCAGA